AAAUGCAGUUUUGGCAUAGAUUGAGAAAAAUAGGAAAGCGAUGCGUUACAUAUCGCCGCUAGCCACUGACACGGAGAAUUUCUCAUUCUAGAAACAGUAUAUUUUCUCCCCUUGGUGCACAAUGUAGAAUCUCGCGACAAUGACUACAGAAUAGCCUAACAUAUAUAUGUUAUUUUUGCAGCUACACAUUUACAUCAAAGGUUAGAUCAAAAAAUUGUCCGCAAAAAAAAUUAAAGACCGUGUAAGAUAAUGGACCUUCACUUCUAUAAAUUACGCAAGUGAUCGAAUUUAAUCUAAAAGCAUGAUUGAGAAAUGUCAACUUCAAAAACUUCUACGAAUAAUACAGAAUUAAUCAAACUCUCCAAUAAAAUCGAAAAACUCACAAAGAUUGUUGAUAAUUUGCAAGAAGAAGUAAAAUCCAUGAAACGAAAUAAGUCUUAUCGCAAUGAGAUUCAACAUCGGGAAAUUAACAAAAGUAAAACUUCUAUGAAAUCGGAGAAUAAAUCAAAGACCAACCCAUUUGAUAGGUUAAAAUUUUUUCGUAAAAAUGAUAAAACAAGCGAAAAAAGUGUCACGUAUGUGGACUCCGAUAAUAAAAAGGAUAAAGAUAGAAGUAAAGGUAAAGCAAAAAAUGAUCAACAAUUAGGCACAAUUAAAAAAAGUGAUACAACUGAUUUACCAAUUACUCCUAAGAAAAAAAGAAGUCAUCUUACACAUUUAAACUCUGAUGAUAACGAUGUAAAAAUCAACAAGCAGUCAGAUCUUGUUUGCUCUGUAAAAGAUUGUUCAGUACAAACUAACAAUGACAAUCGAGAAUUGUCGACUCAACAUAAGAUUUCAUUAAAGAAUAAAAAAGAAAAAAACUCUGAACAACUGGAUAAAGAAGUUAUUAAAUCGAAAUCAAAAAGCAAAUUAAAGUCGUCAUGUGAUGGUUGCGCUAAAUCGAAGUCGAAUUCAAAAAUCUCACAAUGCGCCAAAGGCUGUCCUUAUCUCGAUAAAAGACAAGCCAUUGAUAAAGAAACAAAGAUUGAAAAUGUAGAGUCGAAAUUGAAAGAAGAUAAAAUCGAAUCAAAUGUUCAAACAUUAAACAAUCAAGAUUACAUGAUCGAUAACCAACACAACGUUAAGAGAUUUAAAAAUAAGAAAAUAAUGGUUAACUUGAUCCGAGAUGGCAACGAAGAAUCUUUGAAAAAUAUUCAAGAUAAUGAAAAUUUAAAAAUUAACUGUAGAUUUAUCGAAGACGUGGACUUAUCCAACAUCAGAAAUUUAAAACAAAGCAGUGCAGACAUCGUUAAAUCAUCCGCUCACGCAGCUGAAAGGUCGAGAGAAAAGAGGAAUGGUUGCAAUAAGUGCUCUCAAAAUUGCGGACCGAAAACAGUACUAAAAAUUAAUAAAGCUAUUUUAGCUCCUGAUCCUCCCAUGAUUUUUCUGUCUUCAAAAGACUCGAGUAAAAGUGAAUCACGUCGACGCAAGAAGAGCUUGAUUAAAAAUUGUGAGCAAUUUUUGAAAAAACAAAAAUCCAAGCAACGUCAUUCUGAUUACCAACCGCGUACCUGUUGCUCACCUCAUCAUGACGAAUAUUCGGAGAUUUUUAAUUGAUUCAAAAUAGAAUAAAAAACCAAAUAAAAUCAUUCAUCAUGUAGAAAUGGCUUUAUUUCUAUAAUUAAAAAAAUUUCUAAAACAGAAACUUAUUUUACGUUUAUUUACAUGAUAACGGUACAAGUAUAACGUGUACAAUCCAUAAUUUUCUGUGAAGAAUAUGACAAUAAAGAGCACUUGGAAGA